UGCUUUACGUAGAGGCGGUGAAAGUGAAAGUACCCCAGUUAACAGUAGGACGUUGCAGUGUGAGGAUGAACUAUAAAGGCCAUGGUUUACUUUGCGAACAUGUUUUAGGUCUCCGCAGAGCUGUCAGAUGGACCUGGGUUCCUCUUUAUUCUCUGUUAUCUGUCUGCUCGGAGCUGCGCUCUGCUCCAACGGCGACAACAUCACUUGUCCGUGUCCAAAUAUUCCUUCAUUUGAUCUAACUGAACCUCCACUAGAGACCUGCUUCCAAAUUAACAGCACUUUCCGCUACAAGUGCAUAGGAGGUUACGUGAGGAAGGUGGGAACUUCAACUCUCAUCAAAUGCAAGGUUGAGGAUGGUUCUCCAAAGUGGUCCACCCCCACCCUCGUGUGUAUAGCUGACCCAAAAAGAACCACAACACAACCACCAAAGAGCACAGUAACAAAGAGAAACACUGAUAUUCCCCAUGACUCCACCAUUACCACUUCAGUCACAGCAGCUUCCACAUACCUGCAGACGAGCCAGAGUAUAAGCACCGCAGCUUCAGUGACUGCAGGAGACAGAACAGAGCCUACCUCAUCUGGUGCACAGGCCUGGACAAAUCACUCACAGGCAGGAACUGAAGGUGUGACAGAGACUAAAGGGACGCACCGGACAACAUCAACCUCAACCACCACUGAGCCUUCAAGCAAUGGGACCGACUCUGCCCAUAUACAUGGCAGCACAACAACAGCGGUGAUCGGCUGUGCUUCAUUGGCCUUCGUCUUAGCUUUGAUCGGAAUCAGCCUAUAUUGUUAUAAAAGGAAGUCAAGAAACAGCAUCCCACCGGAGCCAACAGAAGAACAGUUACACAUGCUGGGUAUCGUUAAAAAAUGUUAGAUAGCGGUACCGAUACCAUUACUUCGAUACCGGUUCCUAAACAGUCCUUUUUUUCGAUAACAAAUUAAUAAAACAAAAAUAAAUUACAACACAUAUAACAAUUGUUUUAAUUUAUUUUUCCGCUCCUACUACAUGAGCUCCUUCUCUGUGUGUAACGUAGAGGUUUUCCUGCGUGUCUGUCUCUAUGACAUGUAACGUUAGACAGCCAAUCGCAGACAUUAUUAGAUCUUGGUAGAAGCAUGCUGCAUGCUUAUUGGCUCACUGACGCUGAUGAGAUUUACUCCUUGAUUAAAAUUGGGUAUUGAAUGACAAGGCAUUUUUCAAAACUCGAUGCUUUGGAGGCAAUUCAGUCGGUGCCUAAAGAGUAUUGGAUUUGAUACCCAGUCCUACUCACUCGACAUCCAUUUUAAUUCCAGAGCUCGCCUCCCUACGUGCACAUGUUCCACCAAAACAAGUUCAACAAGUAACAAAACGUACCUGUGUCCGGGGUUUAACGCCGACAAAAGACAAAUGUGACUGGAAUGCUGUGUGGACUGGCCAGACCCUCCUCGGCAGCGCUGUGGCGGAAGGUCUGGCAAUGCGAGACUACAGUGUUACUGGAGCUCAUGGGGUCAUCCUCAUGCAGUGAAGAACCGCCUUGUUCUUAUUAGAUUGUGUGAUCGCCUCCAUAAGCUUAAUGGCUGGCUUGGUAUGAUUUGUUGUUUGCACAUUUCUAAAAAGUUUAACUCACAACCUUUUUCGUAGAAGAUCUCAACCAAAUAUGUAAACUGCACAUAAGGAACUUUAAUUUUAAAGAUGCUGUGACCAUCUGAUGCUACAACAGGUAGCAUGUGCUCUUUUCUACCCUUGUAGGAUACUGCUGGGGAUAUUCUGUAUGUUUCUUUGGUUGCUGGUUCAAGUCCCCAUACGGACCAUAUAUGUAUGGUAUAAGUAUGGUGGUGGACUGGUAGCUGGAGAGGUGCCAAUUCACCUCCUGGACACUGCCAUGAAAAUACAAAAUACCAUCAAUGAAUUAAUCCUUCCAACAAGUAUGGACUGUUUAGCCAAAGCCUCAUAUAACAUGUUCCUUUGUGUCUUAGAGCUCCAUUGUUCUCUAAAAUCUAUGAACAUAUCACUGGGUGGAACCUGUAUCCCGGGUUACAUGUUAAUCACAAUAGACAUUCCUGCCGCUUUAA